GGGUGAGUGGGUGGACAGCGAAGAGAAGUGGAAGUGGCUGCUCAGUGACUUUCGUGGUGCAGCUCGAACGCCUCCGAGACGUCACUGAGCCAGCCCCUGGGGGAAAACCGAGCGCUCGGCUCCUGCCGGGGCACAGCCCGGCCCGCGCUCGCCCUGCUGCCACGGAGGAUGCUGAGGGGCCAUGGUCCCCUGUGCCACCGCCCUGGCGCUGUGCCUGGCACUGCUCCUGCCCUGCCCGACACACGGUGAGGAGCUGGAGAAGCCCCGGGCCGUGCACUUUGCUGCGGAGGUGGCGUGGCACCUGCUGAGGUGGGAGCCGGGGCACAGCUGCCCCAGCAAUGCCAGCUACGACGUGGAGUACAAAGUCUAUGGCUCAGUUGUCCCCUGGACAGCCAUCCCAGAGUGUGGGAAGAGCUCGGAGCACUCCUGUGACCUCACCUACUACACCCUGGGCCAGGAGCAGCGCUACUUCGCGCGGGUCAGGGCCGUGUCCGGGAACCUCACGUCCCCCUGGGAGAGGAGCAGCGCCUUCUCCCCACAGGAAGCUGGCCUGCGCCUGGCGAGCCAGAGCCUCUCCGUGGUGGGAAACUCCAUCCAGGUGCGGCUGCAGCUGCUCCUGCACCGUGGGAACAUCACUGUGGAGUACACAGACUUCCAGAAGAAAAUGACCCAGUACCAGGUGUACGUCAGGAGGACACGGGACAACCACACGUUCACAGUGGUGAAGAGCAGCCCAGAGUUCACCCUGGGGGAGCUGCUGUGGCUCACAGAGUACUGCCUGAGCGUGGAGCCCGGCAUGGCCAACAGGCCCGUCCCCACCACGCGCACCGACGAGCAGUGCGUCACCACCGGCCACAGGGACAGGAGCGCAGAGCUUCUCCCGGGCAUCCUCAGCUCCUCCUUCCUCACCCUGUUUUUGCUGGGCCUCCUGGGGGCUCUGCUGGCGUGUACCUAUGUAAGGAAACCCGUGAGGACACCGUCAGUCCUGAAGUCCUUCAUGAAGCAGAGCUCGCUCUGGGUGGAGCAGGAGCCCCCAUCCUCGGGCAGCCUGGAUGCAGACCCCACACAGCAGCUCUUCCUGUGCCAGAAGGAGCCCCGGGUGGACAGCAGCCCCGACAGCAGCACCAGCACAGCCCAGCUGCCCCUGGAGCAGGGCUGGAAGCUCCCAGCAUGGCCCAAGGACCAGCUGGGGCCCACGGGGAGCAGAGACAGCAGCGGCACCAGCACCGACAGCGGCAUCUGCCUGCACAUCCCCUCCUCCUCCUCCUCCUCCUCCUCCUCCUCCUCCUCAUCCCUGAGCUGCUCCGCAGGCCCCGAGCCCCAGGGCUACAGGCAGCAGCUGCCCAAGGCUGAGGACAGCGGGGUGGGCUUGGGGAGCCCCUGCCCUGCUCCUGGCUGCUCCUCUGGCAGCGGGAAUGCCAGCCCAGGGGAGCCCGGGCUCUGCCAGGAAGAUGUGGAGUUCCGGGGGUACCUGCAGCAGUCCAAGGGCAGCGGGGAGCCAGAGCAGGCCCCGGGUAAGGGAGUGCCCCUCCCGGGCUGUGCAGGGUCCGUGCAGGGCCCGGGCAGCACCGACACCGUGCUGGACAUGGAGUGCUCCGAGCUGGCUGUGUCCAAAGGGUACCUGAAGCAGCCCUCGCCCGAGCAUCCCCUCACACAGGACCUCGCUCCAUGGGGAGCCCCUGCCUGGGAUUUCUCCAGCCAGGUGGGGCCCCAAGCCCCCACUCUGCUGAACUGGGCAGCUCCAGGUGAUCCACUGACCUCCAAGACUAGUCCUGAUCUGAAAACUCCCUUCAACCUGAACAUCUUCAACAACACUGCCUUCCUGGGGACAGCCGCUGUGUCCAGCCUCAGCUCCAGCUGGAUCACACUGCCCAUCACGCCCCUGAGCUGGCUCAGCAGGGACAGCAAGGACAGCUGCCUGUGACCCGUCCCCUGGGGACCACAGCCCUGCGCUCUGACCCAACUACCUCGUCUGCCACUGGAUAAGCUACUUCUGACCCCUGAAUGUUCACAGUGCCAGGCCCAGCACGGCCCAGGAGCACCAGCUCAGCCACUGGUGGGGCUGCUUUGGCCCCAGUGCUGCUGUGGGCACCCCCAGUGAUCCCUCCAGCCAGUCCAGCUAACGGGAGACAGGGAUACACACCGGGCACCUCUGCCUUGUCUGCCCAGCAUGGGCUCAGGGCCAUCCUCAGGGCCUGGGGCAAUCCUGUGCUUUCACUUCCCCCUUUCCUGGCCCAGCUGGGCUCCUCCUGCUGAUGCCCACACUUGUGAUGCCCUCCCAACCUUUCACAACACAGAGGCCGAAAGCAGACGUCAGCCUGACAUCAGCACCCUGCAGCACAGGGCUGCUGCCCUGCCUGACCCCACAGGGAUGGGCCAAGAGACUUUCCUGACCCUGCAGAGACCCUUCAGCAUCCAGCCCCUGUGGGACAGCCCCAGCACAGGAUAUGGGAUGCACCUACGAGCCCAGCAUGAGCAGGGCACUCCUACCCACACUAUGGUCUGUCUACAGACAUUAUUUAUUGCAUUUCAUUUGUAAAUACAGAAAAAACGUGCUGUUA